AUCCGGGAACUUAUAAUCGAGAAUCCAACAUGGAGGAAAUAGGCAUUGCUGUUCAAAGUCAGGAUUCAAGUCGACCUGCAACAGCUGUUAGCAGUUCGCUUUCAACUGUUGACCCAGAUGUCGAUGAUCUUUACACAAAAUAUAAGAAGCUUCAAAAGCAACUUGAAUUUUUAAAAGUCCAGGAAGAAUACAUCAAAGAUGAACAGAAGAAUCUGAAGAAGGAACUACUCCAUGCGCAAGAAGAAGUGAAACGAAUCCAGUCUGUACCUCUGGUUAUUGGCCAGUUCUUGGAAGCUGUGGAUCAAAACACAGGCAUUGUUGGUUCCACAACGGGGUCAAACUACUAUAUUCGUAUUCUCAGCACUAUUGAUCGAGAGCUGUUAAAACCAAGUGCAUCUGUAGCCCUUCACAAGCAUUCCAAUGCAUUGGUUGAUGUUCUUCCCCCUGAAGCUGACAGCAGUAUAGCUAUGUUGACUGCUGACGAAAAGCCCAAUGUAGCAUAUGCUGACAUUGGUGGAAUGGACAUUCAAAAACAAGAAAUGCGGGAAGCUGUCGAACUUCCCUUGACACAUUUUGAGCUCUACAAGCAAAUUGGAAUAGAUCCUCCCAGAGGUGUGCUUAUGUUCGGUCCUCCUGGAUGCGGUAAAACCAUGUUAGCAAAGGCCGUUGCUCAUCACACGACAGCUGCCUUCAUCCGUGUUGUGGGUUCAGAGUUUGUCCAAAAGUAUCUUGGCGAGGGGCCAAGGAUGGUGCGUGAUGUGUUCCGUUUGGCAAAAGAAAAUGCUCCUGCUAUAAUAUUCAUUGAUGAGAUUGACGCCAUCGCUACUAAGAGAUUUGAUGCUCAAACAGGAGCUGACAGAGAAGUACAAAGAAUAUUGCUUGAGCUGCUGAAUCAGAUGGAUGGCUUUGAUCAGAAUGUUAACGUUAAGGUGAUCAUGGCCACAAAUCGUCAUGACACACUUGAUCCUGCACUGUUGCGUCCAGGUCGACUGGAUCGUAAGAUUGAAUUCCCCAUGCCAGACAGAAGACAAAAACGUCUUAUCUUCUCCACAAUCACAGCUAAGAUGAACUUAUCAGAAGAAGUUGAUUUAGAGGAUUGUAUCCUUUUCCUUCACUGGUAUAAAAUUUUUGUUUAGAAAAGAGGUUGAGCAAAUGUUGUUAAACCUUCAAGAAAGCUGGGGUAAACUUAGUGUCAGAUUAAGUGUGGAGGGAGAUGACUUUUGCUUUGAAGAAUUGGGAGU